AUGCCGUCCUACUCCUCUUGGCCGCCAAACCGUGUAUGGACGCGACAGUGGGACCGCGACCACACGACGUUCAAUUUUGACCUGUCGCGCGGCCGCAUCGGGUCGACAUGGUUCAAGGGGGCGCAGACCAACAUCACCUUCAACUGCCUCGACAGGUGGGUAAUCGCCGGCAAGGGCGACCGCGUGUGCUUCAUAUCGGAGGGCAACGACCUGGGCCACGAGCGCAGCAUGACGUACCACCAGGUGCUGUCAGAGGCCAACUGGCUGCGGGGCCAGGGCGUGGCCAAGGGCGACGCCGUCCUCAUCUACAUGCCGAUGGUCAGCGAGCUGCCCAUCGCCAUGCUGGCGUGCGCGCGCAUCGGAGCCGUGCACAAUGUUGUGUUUGCCGGGUUCAGCCCGGAGAGCAUGGCGCAGCGCAUCCAGGACUGCCGUGCGCGCGUGGUGAUCACCGCCAGCGGCGUCAUGCGCGGCACCAAGAGGGUGGACCUCAAGGCACUCGUGGACGAGUCACUCAGCCUGGCGCAAAAGGCUGGCUACAGAGGGGUCACCCGCGUGCUGGUCUUUGAGAAGAGCGCCCUGCCCAGGGAGGAGACCCCUUGGAAGCCGCACCGCGAUGCUUGGUGGCACCACGAGGUCGCCUCCCGCCCCGAGUACUGCCCCCCGGUGUGGCUGGACGCCGAGGACCCUCUGUUUAUGCUCUACACUUCCGGCUCCACCGGCAAGCCCAAGGGCGUCCUGCACACAAUGGGCGGCUACAUGGUGCACGUGGGCGCGGCCAACAAGUACAUGUUUGACGUCAGGGAGGGAGACGUCUUCUGGCGCCAGGGGCUCGCGACGCGCCCGGGCAUCUGCAACAUGCCUGGUCCCUCGUAA